GGGACAAUGAAAAUGCGAGGAAAUUUAGUUAAGUGUUCAGCCAACAUCUUCUUCCUCUCUCUAUCUCUCUAUAUAUAUACAUAUAUCUCUAAACAUAUCAUAAAAAAUCUGCUCGAAAUUCUCAAACCUCAAAAAUCCUACAUAUAAUUCUUGAUCCUUAAUUUGAUUUUUCAGCCAGUCAUCCUUUUCGAUCUCUUCCAUUGUUCCCGGAUAUGGCACAACUUGUUCACGGCUGCAAACCUUUUGAUGAGUUGAGCGGCUUGAGCCCAAAACCCAAAACCCCUCUAUCCGAUUCCCUAAAUCAUUUCCUGGAGCAUUUUGACGGAAAUCUUCCUUUGACUUUGUUGAAUAUGUUUCACCAGGAACAAGAAGCUUUGCUGGAAUAUCACCGCCGACGGAAGGAGUGGAUCGAGGAACAUCAGCGUCAACGCCUGCACCCAUCGGUGUCGCGCGUGAAGAAACGUUCCCGGUGGUGUACAAGUCGGGAACUCAAAGCUAGAGGUCAAAACUCAACUCAAGCCUUCCUCAUCACUCGUGAGGAGCCUGAGAAAGCAAGUGAAGCAGUGAAAGUGGGAGAACAAUUAAAACCGGGGAGCUCUCAGGAUGAAGAUGAAGAUGAUCAACCCCAGAAAAAGUCUGCAGUGGAAUGCCCAUCAGAAAAUGUCGUCAGCGCCCUACCUGAUGACUUGCUUCUCGCCGCCGGUGAUCCCCAGCAAGCUGUAAUGAACGGUGGUCAAAAUGGUGAAGUUCCGGGAAGCUCCUCCACAUUAGACCGGAGACAUGAUCAGGGUACUUUAUGGAAUGGGCUUCGGCUUGAUUUUGAUCUUCCACCACCGGUUGCCCACGACGAUCUCCCAAGAGAGCAUCUUGAAAGCUCACCGGAGGUGAAAAUUAAUAUGCCUAAAGAUGAAACUGAUCAGUCAAAUUGUAGGCGGCCCUCCUGGUUAUUGUCCAAAAUUAAGUCUCUGUUCGGCUCCAUUUCUGGAGAGAAGAAAACAGAGGACGUUGUGCCUUCAACAAUUCAGCAAGAAAAUGGACAGUCGUCGCCAGAGAUGGAGAAUGAUGAUGAGGAGAGCCAACUGUCUAAUUCCAAUUCAACUACUUCAGAUCAAGCUUCUUCAUCAACGAACAUUAUUGGGCCUGAAAUCCGUCAGACCGAAACCAAUGAUUCAUCUAGGAGAAGCAAUUUAAUGACUCCAUCGGAAUGCCUAUUUGCAGCGGCAGUCGCGAUUUGUGGAAUAAGUGGUCAGUCCAUGUUCAAUCUAACGGCGCCCAUCUUGAAUGAUUCUGUGUCCAAACGCUGCUGUGCUACUGCUCUUGCGAUUGGGUUCUUUGGGAGUUUUUGGGGAAUGUUUGUUUGUAGGAAGCGGAAUCAAGCCAGAUUUCUGACCAAGAUCGGGGCUACCGGUUUACUAUCUGCGGUUGGGAUUGUCUGGGUUAUGGCCUUUGCUAAGGACCUUAACUUCAAUGACAAAGUUGGACUCAUCAUCGUCGUUUGUCUUGUCAAUUCAGUUAUGGUGGCAAUGGCUCCCUUAUAGUAAAGAUGAGAUUGACUAGUUAGUUUGGAUGCUUUUGUUGGUGAUUCCUUGGUUUCAAAAGGAUUCCACGGUAUUGUUUGGUAGUUUGUAGGACUAGUCAAAAGAUGUCAUUUAGACUUGGGAAUUCUAGUUUAUUUAUUUAGUUAUUUUCGCAUAUUGCAAAUCGUUGACAAUAAUGAUUACUACUGGUCCUAAUGCUGCUCAAGCAUCCCAAACUCCAACAGUGACGGUGCCAAUCUCAACUACUGUUUCAAUGGCACUACCUUUUGCCAAACAUUUUUCUGAUGGCUCACAAAUUGAGGUCUUUGUCAAUAAAAACUUCAAAAGGUGACAAGAUCAUAUUCACUCUCUACUUGACAUUUAUGGAGUUGCCCACGCUCUUGUUGAUCUACAACCCGAUGCAACAAUUGAUGCCAAAACACUUGAACUAUGGCCACAUGCAAACAAGAUUUGUCGCCACACUAUCUUGCAAACUAUUUCUGAUGAGUUGUUUGACGUGUAUCGCAACUACAAGGAUGCGAAGAUAAUUUGGGAGGCGCUGAUCAAAGAGUACACAAUGGAAGAUAUAACAAAGCAAAAGUUUGUGGUAGGAAAAUUCUACAAGCGGCACAUGUCUGAUGAAAAAGAGAUGAAGGACCAAACUAAUGAAUACCAAUGAAUACCGAAAAUUACUUGAAGAUUUGAAAGCUGAGGAGAUUGUACUUCCGGAGAAGAUUGCUACGGGGGUGUUGAUUGAAAAGUUACUCGAUUCAUGGAACGAUUACAAAAA